AUGUAAAGACGGACCCAGUCUUCAUUAAGUAACUUCGCAUAUACAUAAAUGUGAUCUCAUUGAUCUCAUCGAUGAGUGAGGAGAUUUGAGUCUCUCUACACCAUUGAACAGACGAGAUGGCAGCUCGACAUGUUAUGAAUAUAACCUCGACGGGUUGUCCUCAUUGUCGUUUAGCUAUAUUGAAGCUUUUUGCCAGCCCCCCGAAUGUCAAUGCAUUGUCCAGCGCGCGAGCCCGUCCCCUUCAAUCCCGGCCACGGUGGAUUCCUGCAGCACCAAUUCGAUCUUUCUCGUCUCCGCCGACCCAGAAUGGGCCUUUGAAUGGCACAGAACCGGCCGAUGAGCGCUCGGAAGAGGCCGAUGAGCUAGAUAGUCAAGGGCGGGACGAUGCCGCGAAAGGCUCAGGUUUAGCUAACAUCCCUUGGUAUCUUCAAGUUGAACCUCCGAGGCACGUGGCUACCAUUGAACCGCCACCUUUGCCUGAGGUCCCCGACGGCUCCCCGAAGGUUGUCGGUUCAUUGCUUGAGUACACGUCUGAGGAAUUGGGUCUUGAGGAGCUCUCGCUCUUGGACCUUAGAGAGCUAGAUCCCCCCGCAGCGUUAGGGCCGAAUCUUUUCAUGCUGUUUGGCACAGCACGGAGUGAGCGCCAUCUUAAUGUGUCCGCCGGACGCUUGCUACGAUGGUUAAGAGCCGAACAUCGAAUCUACGCCCAUGCUGAUGGCCUACUCGGGCCAAAUGAGCGUAAGACUAAACUGCGUCGAAAAGCUAAGCGGGCAAAGCUCAUAGGAAGAACUGAGGAUUCAGAUGACGGUAUCAGAACCGGCUGGAUAUGUGUCAAUCUCGGCACGAUCGGCCGCAGCAAUGAUGAGUCUGCCAUAGUUACAGAUGAUGGGCGCGUCGCCGGUUUUGGCGUUUCUCAAACUGGCUACACAAUCAUCAUUCAGAUAAUGACUGAGUCACGAAGAGCCGAAAUGGGCCUCGAAGCUUUGUGGGAGAAAGCCCUGGGCAAGCCGCUUGGUGAUUCCUCAAAAUCAGAAGGAGUGAAUACGAAAAAACUACAUCCCUUAGAAGAGGCCAUCCUAUCCAGCUCACGCCCACCAGCAGUAACCAAAGGCAGUCAAUUUAACGACACUUCUAGAAAGAUACCGUUCGAACAAAAACGGGCUUAUUCAACGCAACAAGCGAUUACUCAUGAUGCGCCUGAAGCUAGUGCUCUAUUUGCUAUUGAUUCAAAGGAGGCUCUUGAGCAGGCUCUAAAGUUUGACGCUCGCCAAAAAUAUCGCAUUCUGGACUUACUGCGACUCCGCCUUGGUAAGAUGUCGACGGCGGACCAGAGAGAUGCUCUCGGAAAUUUAGGAGAGGACGUAACACCAUUCGUCCGGAUUUCAAAAUCUGCAUGCCAAUCUCUCCCUCCACACAAAACUUGGGGGUUUCGUCUGGCUGUUGAAGCUACAGCAUACAAGUCUAACCCAGGCCACCAUUUCAGGUCUCUUGAAAAUGUACAGGGUCUUAUUGAUGAACUAAAUCUCUACGCUAUUAAUGCCACACGAGAGCAGUAUCUCCAGCUUUUGACUUGCAUAUACGGCUCAGCUGUAGGUGUGGAAAAGCAACACGAACUCGCUCAGCAGCUUCUACGAACGAUGCAGCAACGUGGAGAACCCAUCAUUGCUCAUGAUAUCAUUGUCACCAUCAUCGAAACAGUAUGUCAAUACCGUCAUCAAGAUUCAUGGGACGAUUAUCUAGCACUUAUACGACAGCUAACAACGACCUUACCUCGAUUAAAUUUGCCUUGUAUGGACGAGCCGUUGCUCAUGAGACUCAUGAGCGCAUAUCGUCGAAUAGAGGACUGGAAAAGGCUUUGGUCCGUCUGGCUGAUGCGGCCCAAAUACGCACUUCCACGGUCAGCAGCUAUGUAUGUACACUUUUACCAGCUGAUAAAAUCUCGGGGUUCGCUGCCGUUUUGUGCUAUGGCAGUAUCGCAGACUUUUCAAGGGCUGCUUGCAGAAUCUCCGCGUGUGCUACCUAACAGAGCGGUUUCGGAGGCUCUUAUGGACUGCAUUCGUAUCGCAAAACCUGAGGCUGAAAACAUGGUAAUGCGCGGAGCAGACUCCAAGAACGAAUUUGUCAGAAUCAUCAGACUUCUCAGACUCAUGGAAAACUAAAUCAAUUGGCCGCGCUGCAUGCGAGCUCUCUACCUAUUUGCCUGGCCUUGUCAGAUACCUUUCGCAAUCUACUUGUGAUAUUCUCUACAAAACAAAAAGCAUAUUCAAGGUGGAUUAGUCCAACGGAUUUUCUAAACCUCUCGAUCCCCUCAACUGUAGCACGAGGUGAUAGAAUUAGCUUCCGCUCUUUGAUAUGCUCGAUCUGUUCUCGUGAGACCUAGAGACCUUCCCCUUCGGGCAAUAACCCGUCUCUGUUAUAAGGUACCUAUUCAUUUACCGCUUGAGCAUGUGGGCGAGGAGGCAUGUCAAAAUCGGACUAAAUAACAUAUCAAUUCAGGUAUGUUACUUCCACCUAUCUUCAAAUAUAUCUACGAUAAGUCGGAGAAUGUAAAACGAUCGUUUACACGUUACCAACGUUGUCUAGAUACCCAUCGAAGUAUCACAAUAAGCUAGAACGAUUAUCAACAAUUCGAGUUCCUAUGCCAAGACUUGGCUGCCGAGGCGUUCUGAAGUCGUACCUUGUGAAAUCAACAACGAUCUCUCCCCAAGAUCAACAGGGCGGAUUUGCCCGAUUUGCACUUACACCGAAGUCCAAUCAAGGCAGGUAGUCAGCAGCGGACCUAGACUGAA